AAGAUGCUGUCGUCUCUGGGUCCGACUGAGCCCUGGUCAGUUCGGGAGAAACUCUGUCUCGCCUCCUCAGUGAUGAGAAGCGGAGACCAGAACUGGGUGUCUGUAAGCAGAGCCAUCAAGCCCUUCUCAGAGUCUGGACGACCCCCGGACUGGUUCUCCCAGAAGCAUUGUGCCUCCCAGUAUUCUGAGCUGCUGGAAACCACAGAGGCCCCAAAACGUAAACGGGGUGAGAAAGGGGAGGUGGUCGAGACCAUUGAGGAUGUGAUCGUGCGUAGAUUGACAACAGAAAGGAUCGAGGAGCUCAAGAGGCUGAUCAAAGACACACAAGAGAAAUACAGGAAACUGAAGAAAGAGGUGGAUUUGAUCCAGGCAGGCCAUCUGGACCCUAAACUGGAGGAGCUGUGGGCAGAUGUAGAGCUAAAGAGGAAGCAGGAAGAAGAGGAGGCGGAGCUGAAGAAGAGGGCGACUGAGGCAGCAUAUCAGGUUCGUCAGGCAGCUAAAAAUACACCAAAGAGAGUUCCCAGCGUGACAGUACGUUCUCCGCCCAGUGCUAGUUCCCCCAGCCUGGACGUCUCGCAACCAGAAACACUGCAGCCAAUGACAGAUGAAUCUUGUGCCAGUCCCAUGGCUCAAGGACUGACCGUCUUCAUGCCUGUGUCAGAGGUCAUAGGUCCAGGGCCUAAAGAGUCAGGUCUGGCCCCUAUGGUAGAUGACUCCCCGCAGAAGAAGCACCUUGCUCCAAAAGCCACACCACCUCCCUCCCCGCUGCUGUCUGAACUGUUGAAGAAGGGCAGUCUCAUCGCUGCCAGCUCUAGACUUGUGGUUGAAGGUGACGUGGCCACAGGUUUGAGUAAUGGAUCUCAUGGAGUUGAGCUUCACACUGCUGCAACGGCUCUGCCUGCGAAUCAAGACACUACAGCUGGUGCUCCUACAUUAUCUCGUCUGUUGGAAAGUGCCACCCCAGUGCAGCCACCUGUCAGUGCUGAUCCCCCUAAGCCCCCCACAGUGGUCCCCCCAGCCCCAGACCACCUCUCUGUGCCCAAAACAGGAGCUGCAGCCGUUGCUGAAGGUUCUGGAGCAGAAGCGGUAAUGGCUGGGUCUUCCACGCCGACUGAGGUGGAGGGGAAGGAGGCAGAGCUGGUGGAGGAGGACACAGUGGUGUCAGUGUCAUACAUGGCCCAUGAACUGGACCUGGAGACAGUGGGAGACAUCAUUGCAAUCAUAGAGGAGAAGGUGGAUGAUCCUGUGGAGGCUUUGGACGCAGCCGCAGUGGAGGCGGCUCUCUCUCUCUGUGAGGACCCAGCAGUCAGUGGCCACCCCCUCACUAGUCCUUGGGAGUCACAGACCUUUAAGGCAGCCGAACCAGAGCCCAUCGUCCAGCAGAGUCCUGCCCCAGUGUUCACACCGAGCAGCCCUGACCCUGCGGGUGUGCAAGGAGAAAUGGAGGUUCUGGUAGAGGAGGCUGCAGAAACCGAAGCAGUUGACGAAGUGACAGGGGACACCGUGGCACCUGCCGCCCCUGACACAGAGCAGAGCCAGGACUCUGAGGUUAAGACUGAGGGCGAGAGGGAAGGAGAGGGAGAAGGAGGGAUGGAGGAAGCGCAGCAGGAGAACAGAACCCUGAGUCCAGCCAUGAAGUGUGAGGGGGAGGACUGGGUUCAGCCAGAAACCGUGACGCCCUGUCUGGACUCAGAAGACAGCUCGGCCUCGGCGAAAGACACAAAGGAAGUAAAGGAAGAGGAUGUAGGCAGUGAGGUGGAUGUGGAUGAAGGGAUGGAGAUGAAAGAGUGUGGCGAUGGGGACGGAGAGGGGCCGUAUCUCUCAGAGGUUGAUCCUCCUGCCAGUGAGAGUGAGGAUGGAUACGGCAGUCACUCUCAGCGCUACACUACAGCAGACUCCACCGCCAGCAGCCCUGCCUCAUCUCAGUUCUCCAUGUGCAGUGAAGAUCAAGAGGCCUUGCAGGCUCAGAAGAUCUGGAAGAAAGCCAUCAUGCUGGUGUGGCGGGCAGCAGCCAAUCACAGGUAUGCAAGUGUGUUUCUGCAGCCUGUGUCUGAUGACAUCGCUCCUGGUUAUCACAGCAUUGUACACAGACCGAUGGACCUAUCAGCCAUCAAGAAGAACAUCGAGUCUGGGCAGAUCCGCACAACAGCGGAGUUCCAGCGUGACAUCAUGCUGAUGUUCCAGAACGCGGUGAUGUACAACAGCUCGGAUCAUGACGUCUACCACAUGGCCCUAGAGAUGCAGAGGGAUGUUCUGGAACAGAUCCAGCAGUUCUUGGCCACUCAGCUGAUCAUGCAAACAUCAGAAUCAGGCAUCGGCACCAAGAGCCUGCGCGGAAGAGAGGCCAACCGCAAACAAGACCCCAAUGAGAAGACCCUGAGUCCUGCACACAAAGACCCUCAUUUAGAGCCAGAACCACCAGCCAGAAGGAAAAGGAACAACUCCAAACAAGACACUAAUGAGAAGGAUGGAGGCACCAGAGGGCGCCGCAGUGCCAUUGAGGCUGAUAUGAAGAUGAAAAAGUGAACUGAGAUGUCACGCUGCAGCUGUUACAGAAGUUCAGAUAGGCUUCAUUUCCGUUUUGUUAAGACAUUCUGGCUAAGUUUAGUUACUCAAUGCCUCGGUAGCUUGACGCAGCAAUUCUACUUACAGAAGGACACAGAAAGAAGGGAAUUUUUAAGGGCUUGACCCUCUUUCACAGAAACCCUUCAGUCCUAGACCUGAAAAACUGGUCAAGUGUACUCUGAUUCUAGACUCACAAGACAGGACAAACUGACCUCGUGUUUAUUUGAAUUUAGGAGUUGCUUAAAAGUUUUUGACUUGAUGUCACUAAUUUAGCUGUCAUCACUGGCCUUUUAAAAAAAAGCUGAAUGUACCACCGUCAUGACCACUGAAUGGUUAGAAAUCAGAAUGUCAUUUUGUAGAGCUAAGAAUGAAACCUUACAAGCCAUUGUUCAAAACAAAGAUUACUGUCGCCUUAUCAGUUUGAGAUGAUGUGGAACGCUGAACGACGGAGGAAGGAGCAAUAAAAAUUCUAUAGAAAUGAAGACGGAUACAAAGUUUCUUUUAACUUGAUUUUUGCCUAUAGUCAGGAUUAUGGAUGCUUUGGUUUACAGUUAAAGGCCUACUGUACUAUGUUCAGUUUGUUUUCAUUCUUUAAGUGAGACUUACUUUGACAUCUGUAUGUUUAGAAAGAACAUAUAGUUUUGUACAGGGUCUUUGUGUACAGUGUUUUUGUAUAUUGUGUCAUGAAAUGUUUUAAUAAAACAUGAGAGUCUGCAAUAACAAGA